AUGGUGUUGCAGUCUUCGGACUUGUAUCGCGCUGCCCCGUCGUCAACCGCUUUCCAGAACCUGCAGCAGAUCAAUCAGGAUAUCGGAGAAACCUACUUGUACAAUCGUAUUAAGCUUGCUCAGAUCCUCUUUGUUUGUGAGAUCGUCAAGCGUAUCAAGGCAGGUCAAUUCGGGCCUGUAACAGCAGACGAAGAUCAGCCGUGGAUCAAUGCAACCUGUCCUGGAAGUGUCCGAAUAGAUCAACAGGAGAAUGCGGUCGAAGCCUACGAUACCUUCGGAAAGUUGGGCGCAAAGGCAGUUAGGCCUUUCAUGAAGGACUCGGUGGACGAAGGUUGUAGGCCCGCUCUGUUUGCGGCUACAAGCGAUGAUAUCUUGAGAGCGAAAACCCAAGGCGCGUAUAUCGUGCCUGAUAGGAAGGUCGCAGAUCCUAGUAAAAAGUCUAAAGAUGGAAAAAUCUUCUUAAACCUAUAG